GUCUCAGCUCCCGUCUCAUGUUCCUCCCCGAGAGGUUAACAUCUCGAGAUAGACUUCCACAGGAGCUCAGCAACCGGGAAGUUUACCCUGGUAACCACAGCCUUGCUAGCUGCUACCAACAAAACACAAACUGAGACUGCCACUUGUAUGCAGUCCCCUGAUGAGAGCCAGCUCUGGUGCAGGGGCCUGUCCCUGUGGAGCCUGAUCUCUGAACAUGUUCCUGGAUCAGAAUUGUCAAAGAUCCGCAUGGCACUGGGCCACUUCCUGGUUGACAUGUAUACAGAAGUGCACACUGAGGCGGAGAUGUGGUACAAGGUGUGGCAGGAGAGCCAGCAAGGCGGAAACCAUGACAGCAGGACAGGGACCCCACUCCCACGUCAGCAGGGCUCCCCCCUGGCUGACCCCCCUGCUGUUAAAGAGCUGGUGAGGGCUGAGGUCAAGAUGUUACUACAGAUGCUCAGAGAAAGAGCCAGCAGGGAGGGAAGAGACGGCGAGGAGCUCCUAUUUCGGUACAAACCUGAGACUGUAAACUACGCCCUUGGUCACCUUGACAGACGUUACAGUAACUGUUUGAGCCCUGGAGAUACUGAGAACGGAAGCAGACCAAGCUCUCGUUGUUCAGUCCAGUCCAGCGCUGAAGACGAGAUUGAGGCAGUUAGAGACAAGCUGAAUGUCACUGACAUUGACCAAGUGGUGGAUCGCCUCAGGUCUGUGCUAAUGGAGGAAUGUGAAGUGUUGAACAGACUGGUGCAGGAUUUAAAGAAAAAUAUUAAACAAAAGUGCAGGAGUAAAAGUGGUAAAUCAGAACCUUCACUCUCAGAGUUGAGAGAGUUAAGAGGUGAAAUACAAAUGGACUUGGAGCUUUACCCCUCUUCAUUUGCCACUUCAUCCCCGGCCUCGCCCUCUCUCCCUGUGAAGGAAAUGAAAACCAGGUUCAGACGGUCAACAGAACGAAAGGCCUCUGAUGAGACUCUACAAGCUUUUUACUCUGCAUCGGUCCCAAGACCACAUCCACCUCCUCCUCUGUGCCAGCCCAGGCCACCAGCCGGACCUCCUCCCGCUAAGACUUCUGCAUCCAGGACUCAUGGACACACAUUAGCGUCUAAUAUGUCAAGCAGGCCACCUAUCUGCCCCAAACUCACUACUUCCAGGCAGACGAUUAAGAGCGAUCACCACCAAUCUCCAUGGCAACAUAGUGCUGGUGUCCACUGCAGGCCCCCGACUUCUAGUCCUAGUUUCCAAAUAAAAGCUGAGAGCGACUCACCUGUCCAUGAAGCCAAACUUUCAUCCCAUGGCAGCCUGAGCAGAGAAGAUGAUUUACCACAGAGGGAGAGGAAAAGCAGCCCCAGAAACAUCAGUGUUACCCCCUCACACAUUCCGGCACUCAGCCCUGUAAGUGAUGCAGGCAGUUACUGCAACAGUAGGACUGACUAUGCUGGGUCAACAUUGGGGAAAACAGAGACACAAAACGGGCCAAGGAAAAGUACCUGUGGAGGUGGGGUAGUGCAAGCAGAUGAUGAAGAGAGAAGGAAGAGGACUUCUGGGAGUUUUCAUUCUUCAGUCAUGUCUGAAACUGGGAGCUGUCCUGCAAGAAACAGUGACAGACAGAGCAACAGUCGAAUCGAUAGUAAUCUUGAGAAGGCAAUCACCUACCAGCAAUGCCUUAGUAACCACUGUUUGACAGCUCACUCCUCCAGUCAUUCAGGAAGCAAUUGUGAACAAAGAAAGAUCAGAGCAGCCAUUCAGCCGGCGUCCGUACAGUUAGAGGGAAAAGUCUUUACUUUCCCCAAAAUACCACUCAGAGGUGCCACAAGUCAACCAGCGAGUGUCCAGGAGACACAGACAGAGCCGGGGGUUAUCAACAGCUUUUACCAGCCAGUUCCUCCUUCAAGAGUGUCAACAUGAAGUCAGGCCCAGACCAAAUAGAAAGUGUUUGGUGUUGUGAAACAUGAUGUGUUGAUGUUGAGUUGCAUACUUGGUGUAAGUGGAGAAAAAGAAAUUCAAUAUUUUCUCCGUUGUACCUGUUUUUUUAGAGUUUUUCUAUCAGACAUGAAUUAGAAACUUGUGUUUUGGGCAAAGAGCAGUCAUUUCAUUUCUUGUAAUUGUUGUGUCCAAGUAUUUGAAAAAGGGAAAAGUCCAAAAAUACUGUUUCACAAGAAAUAUUUGAACAUGACGGUAGGAAAACCACAGGUGUAACUAACAAGGUGUUCUUUUCCUACAUGUCCAAAUGUCGUUUGUACACACGGCCGGUUGUCAAUGCUUCAUCAGAGGCAAUUAUACUGAAAGUGUAGACAUAGAUAAUAACUGUCACUGGGGUUAUACAUGUGUGAAG